AUGGAGUCCUUCCUUCGUGCGGUGGGUCUUGCCCCAUCCGAAGGGACUCCGCUAUGUGAAAUGCCAGUGGCGUCGCGACGGAGGCCAAGCUCAGCGGAUCGAAGGGCCUUGUCCCUGCAGGAGCUCCGGGACCUACUUCCCGACCUCGCGGGCGUGGCUGCCGGCACCGAACCGGGGAUCCUCUCCCUCGAGGACGAAGCUCGGAGUUUGGAAUAUCUCGCUCCCAAGGAGGCACUGGAGCUGCUGCGGCGUUGGUCCGAGGCUCUGAAGCGGCGAGCUCGGGCUGAGGAGUCCUUAGUCAGCUUCAAGGCGCAGUUUCUUCGAAGCAAUGCACUGGAAAAGGCGUUCCAGGGCCUUCGCAAGAAUGAAGCGUGGAAGCACGAGAUGGCGGACCGCCCGCUCUUUUCAGCGGAUGGCUCCAGCCCAGCUGAGGUUUUCGCCGCGGAGCUCCGAAGCGUGCUGCAGCUCUCCUUGCCACGGGCUGCCUCGCAGCUGGCGCAGCCGCUGCAGGAGGUACUUUCAGAGCCGUCUGCUCCGCCCGAGCAAUUCUGCUGCUACAGCCGCGGAGCAAUGGACGCGGCGAGUAACGGAGAGAGCGUGGCGACCUCCUCCUCUUCAUUCAGGAGGCUCAGCAGUGCCAGAGAAUAUUUCGAGAUGUUUGUGGUGCCUGUGCAGACGCUGUGGCUGAUGACCUGCAUCCAAGCGCACGAGGAGCUGUUGAAAGGAGGGAGCCUUAUCAAGUUCCAAGAGGAUCUGGGCCAAGCUUUGUUUAUCUCUCAUCAGUGGGCUGGUCUUGGCCAUCCAGAUCCGCAUCUUCUGCAGCUCAAGGUUUUGCAGGACGCGUUGAGAAACUUGUUGUCUGGAAACAGCUCAAUUUCGGCCAGUAUGGUCAUGGAGCUGUUAGCCGGCCAGCAGCAUGGUGUUUCCAUGCAUGACAAGUUGGCUGAUAGGCUGUUUGUGUGGUAUGACUACUUCUGUUGUCCGCAAGCAAAUGUCGAGCAUCGGCAGUCUGCCAUCGACAGCAUACCGGCCUAUGUGGGUCGCUGUCAGAUCUUUUGCAUCCUCUGUCCUCAUGUUCGGCAUGCGCAUGACAACACGCUCCUGAACAAGCACACCUGGGCGGAACGAGGCUGGUGCAGGCUGGAGAGGGCUGCCCGAGAGCUGAGCUUGCAUCCAGAUUCCAUCGCCACCAUCGAGAUCCACAGCGCCACACACCAGGUCUUGUCGAACACCUUUGACUGGGUUCGAUGCCCCGUGGGCGAGGGGAGCUUCAGCGAGGAGACAGACCGCGAACGUGUAGGUGAAGUGUUGUGUGAUAUGAUCAAAGCAAAGCUGCAGCAUUACCUCGACGAGGAAGAUCUGCACAACUAUCGCGUGUUGCUGAACACACAGGCAGUCCACUUCAGGAAGCUGUCGGUGAGGAGGGUGGAGAGCCUUCUGCCGCACACCUGCUCAGACGAGCAGGACCCGGCAAGCUUUGCUCUCGGACAGUUCCUGGAGCAGAAUGGAUUUGCCAAUGCAGUAGAGCGAAAUGAUGUCGGAUGGACGCCCUUGUGCUAUGCAGCCCUUGCAGGUGAUCCUUUAGUCUUGGCAGCGUUGCUUCAGCAGCGAGCAAACGUCAAUGAUGGUAUCGGCCGUCAAGAUCCCAUCUUGCAGUUUGCCCCAGGCACUUCUGUGCUUGACAUUUGCGUGUGUUUGAACCACAACAAUGCGGCGCGCGUGCUCAUCGACUUUUCUGCCGAUGUUCGGCAGAAGGAUGGGCUUCGCGCCACGGCGGCUCACUGGGCCUGCGUUGGUAACAAUGUCGAAGGCCUGCAGCUCUUGCGGAUAGCGGGCUGCAGCCUCGGGGACCGCGCGCUCUUCGGUGAGCUCCCGUUCGGCCUUGCAUGUGCCAUGGGCAGCGUGAGAUGCAUCAAGGAGCUCCUUCCCGUCACGGAUCGGCAGGAGCUUGCAAUCGGGCUGCAUUCGGCGCUUCUCUACGGACAUGCCUCUGCAGAAGUAGUUGCAAUCCUGGUAGAGGCGGGGGCCGACAUCAACCAAGCAGCGGAGAAACCCGAGUUUUUCAGUCCCUUUGGCUUGGUUUGUGCUUUUCUAAGCUUGCGCCACCACUGGCGACCGUCGGCACUGAGCACCUAUGCCCGCAACGUAGCGGGGGCGACACCUCUUAUCUGCAGUAUUCUCAGUGGCUCCUUUGAAGCCGCAGCAGUCUUAAUAUCUGCCGGUGCGAGCUUGGAGCUUAGCAAUCACGAGGGCAAGAUCGCUAGGGAUUUUCUCAAUCCUGCGUCUGCCCCGGAAUUCCUUGUGAAAGCCAUCGGUGGCUGCCCUGCUGCCUGUGAUGCAGUAGUGGUCGAGCAUUCUCAAAGGUACGAGCUACAGAAGAUGCCCUGUGUAUCACAGUUGGGCCCGGCACGGCGUGUGCUGCGGGAUCGCGUGGCGGUGCUGGCGCUGCUGUUGCAGGCCUUGGCAGACCUCCGGCUUGGCAUGGAGACACGGGGUGCCGAGAUCGACAGCGCCUUGGUGGUCUUGGGCCUCCAGACAUCUCCGGGCGGCAGCAACUCUUCUCGUCAAACAGGCACCACGAGUACGACCGCAGAGUCCUCCAGCCGCAGCCGUGCGAGCUCUGCCAUCAGCGACAGCAGCAAAGGCACUGAGGAGCCAAUUCCGGAGAUGCCCAACCUUGUGGAAUGCGAGGCUGCCGUGGAUGCCAUGGUCACGAAGACAGAACACGGUAUGCGGGAAGGGCUCCGUCUGCUGCGGCUCCCCACGAGCCCACUGCAUUUUGUGCCUGGGUCCGAACUCCGUCUCCGCGGUCAUGACAUCAGGGUGGCAGUUUGCAGCUUGAUCGCGCACUGGCUGGAGGAUGAGAAGCCUGCCUUCUUCGACGUUUUGCAGCGCAUCCACCAGGUGCUUCGGAAAGAAGCACCGCCAGCUCGGGAAUCGCUCGCCACAUCGGAGCUCGUCACGCUUCGCGAGACGCUCCGCGCCGAGAGACGAGCUCUCCUGGACCAGCUGGAAGGCUUGGAUGAGCGCCUGCGUGUCAUCGACGAGCAGCUGAAUCUUCCGACGCUGGUGCAGGAUGUGCAGGUCAGCACGGAGAGCGGCACUCUUUUCAACUGUGGUGCGAAGCAAAGUGCUUCUGAGGACAAGACUGUGGAGCCGCGGCUCAACGCCGGCUGCCAGUUGGCCGGUGCGUUGUCCGGUAUCGCAGAAACCCUUGCGGUGGAGAACCAGCGCUCCGUUGAGCGCUUUGGGGCGCAGCUUCAGCUCAGGCGUGCCGAACUCCUCUCGGCUCUGCGUGAGCACCUGGCGGCGGAGGAGGGUCGGCUUUCUGCCCUUGUCGUUGCGCCAAGCGGGGUCGUGAACGCUGCCCAGGUGGCAGCAGAAGCGGUGUAUGGGGCCUUCGAGGAAAACAGGCAGCUUUGUGACCUGGUUCAGAAAGCGCUGGGCCCUGCGAGCUCGCAAGUGAGCGAGCUUUGUGCCGGGAGCAGAUGCCGCGCCCGGUGGAUGGACGGCAACUACUACGAUGCAACCAUCCACACUGUGCUGCCCGACGGCUCUGUGGUGGUGAACUGGCUGCGGCCGCGGCCGGGACACGACAGCAAGGAGCGGCCCCUUCGGACCAUUAGUGGCGUGGGCGGCGACGACACUUUGCAUCGGAUCCUUCAGAAGGUGGACAUCCACUUCGAAGGCCUCGGCUCCGAGGGUCCCUCGGGCUCGGAGGCCGCGCUUUCGGUGUUCCAGCAACGGCGACCUCAGGAUCGUCGGUGUGCGGACUGUGGCGCCGAGGGGCCGGAGUGGGCGUCCAUCUCCUUCGGCAUCUACCUGUGCGCAACAUGUGUCGAGGAGCAUAAACGACUGGGUCCCAGCCGCAGCCUCGUCCGGCAGCUGAAUGAUGGCUGGGGCUGGACCAAAAGCGACCUGAAGUACAUGACUGCCGGUGGCAACGAGGCCUUCCUCUCUUGCCUUGAGGAGUACCCGGAAGUGAAAGUGCUCCCCGCAGCCACAAGGUAUAGCACUCGCUUGGCAGAGUACUACCGCCGCCAUCUGGAUGCUCUGUGCACAG